UGCAGAACGCUGUCAUUGGUUCCGCAUACUGCCAUUGUUUCCUCCGGAAGAAUAUCGGGCGGACAAUAACAGGAGAGCAGAAACGUAGGGUGUUGUUCUCUGAGAAAAAAUGUCAAUCUGACCUCAGAAAAACAACAUGCUCGCAGCCAAGCUGACCAGCCAGUUACCUCUGGAUACCCUGAGGAGGAUUCAUCAUGGAACUUCUUACCGCUGUCUCUACACCCUGUCGAACAUCUUCCUUCACACGGAGGGAGGGAGGACGAGUGAUGCAAGUCUCCUCUCUGAUUCCAGUGCUCUGAGAAGAGGGUUUUACAGCCUGAGUGCUUUCCGACCAACAUUUAGACUACGAGACACACAGCAAUAUGGGAGAAGAUCCAUCAGUCUAUCCGCUGCUAAAAUAGUGAACUCAGCACCAAGGCCAAUCCAGCCAUACCUCAGAUUGAUGAGGCUGGACAAACCUAUUGGAACAUGGCUGCUCUACCUCCCAUGUGCAUGGAGCAUUGCAUUGGCUGCAGACCCUGGACACCUCCCACAUUUGGGCAUACUCACCCUGUUUGGUACGGGUGCGCUGCUGAUGAGAGGAGCGGGCUGCACUAUUAAUGACAUGUGGGAUAAAGACUUUGACAAAAAGGUGUCCAGGACGGCCACUCGACCCAUUGCAUCAGGAGAGAUUUCUCAGAGGCAGGCCGUCGUCUUCUUAGGAGGACAGCUUUCUCUGGCACUUUGUGUUCUCUUGUGUCUCAACUAUUACAGCAUAGCCUUGGGUGCUGCCUCGUUGUCCCUAGUCAUCUCCUAUCCACUGAUGAAGAGGAUCACUUACUGGCCGCAGUUUGUGUUAGGCCUCACUUUCAACUGGGGGGCGCUGCUCGGCUGGUCGGCCGUCAAGGGCUUCUGUGAUUGGUCUGUGUGCCUCCCGCUGUAUUUCUCAGGAGUGAUGUGGACGCUGAUAUAUGACACAAUAUAUGCACAUCAGGAUAAGGACGACGACGUCAAGAUCGGAGUGAAGUCUACUGCGCUGAGAUUCCAGGAGCAGACCAAACCUUGGCUGAGUGGCUUCACGGUGGCCAUGUUGUCAGGCCUGGUGGUAGCCGGAGUCAAUGCUGAACAGACCCUCCCUUACUAUGCAGUUCUGUCCACAGUGGCUGUUCACCUCACGCAUCAGAUUUACACAUUGGACAUUCACAAACCAGAGGACUGCUGGAAGAAAUUUGUGUCAAACCGAAACCUUGGAUUGUUGCUGUUUUUAGGCAUUGUCGCUGGAAAUCUGUGGAAAGAAAGAAGAGAGAAUUUGCUACAAAAUAAGGAGGAAGUCAGAUAAGUGACACAAGCAGAACAAUUAUUCAUUUUUAUUACAUUUUCAGUACUUCACAAUGCUUCAGCUCUGUGAGAGAAACAUGAACUGAUUUGAACCCUGACUGUAAUAUUAUUGGUUACUUUUGUUUGACUAUUGAUUGAUAAAACAGUUGUACAGAGAAAAGGGAAGAGAGAGUAUGUCAGACGAGCAAAUGGGUGGAGUUACAUUCAUAUCCCUGCUGCUGAGGGAAACACCUCUUGGUACAUACAAAAUAUAAUUUUUGCUGCUGAUUGAAACUCUAGUGGCUGCACACAUUUACACAAAAAUCAGCUAAAUGGAGUGACGAUAAACCAGACAAAUCCUUUAUUUGUUGUGACUAAAUUUGCUUAUUUUUUUCAAUAGGCAGUAUCAGUAUUGGUUUAUAACAAAAUCACCAUAAAUAAAUAUAAAGUAUAAAAGAAACAAACAAAAAAGGUACGAUUCCAAAUUGUCUGUCAACUAUCUGAGUAAUGGGCCCGAUAGACAUAUUAUAUAAUAUUUUACACUUUUCAUGUGUAUGUUUAAUUGGUACUGACCAAUCAAAAAUGCUGCUAAAAGAUCUGUGUGUGAAGAAGUUUAAAUAAAAAUAAGAAGUAUCAGUAAUACAUAACCGAGUCAGUUGUCAGUCACGUGUUUCUUCCUUUAGAGGGCAGAUUGUUUUCACAGUUUGAGAAUAAUGUUUUUUUAGGUGGCUGGGUUAUGCAAAGUGCCUCCAUACAAAUGUUUUAUUAACAUCUUUGUUGUUAGAGAGAGGGAACAAACCCGGGUUUAGAUUGGUAUCGGUGUCAGCAGACACGAGAGGUUUUAGUAUUUGACAUCAAAGAGUUAUUUACCAUCCCUUCAAUGAACAUGGAUUUACAGGGAAAUGUUAAUGUCUUGUUAUCCUAGCUCAUUACACCUUAAAGCUGCAUCAAACAGUUUUCACCACUAGGAAGCAGUACAACAACGCCCACCUCAUGAAGUUGUUGCUAACCACUUAGUUUCAUUUGAGUCAAUCCACUAUUGAGAAAGACAUCUGGCUUUAUUUUCACUUUUGUCAUUUGUCAUUUUCACUUUGAGUCACUAGUUUUUGUCCAGCGAGUCAGACAGGAUCCCUUGCCAUGCCUUGUUUGAUGGACUGCGCUGCCAAUUAUUUUGCAUCAGGGUUUGGUUUUAUGUUACACCCAACCAAACAGUAUAUUGGCAGGUUUCUCAACCCUAAACAAUGGAUGAAUGAUGUUCAACGUGGAACACACCUGCAGCUUUCUGUUCCUCUCUGGAGAUGCUCACUCACAUGGCAGGGUUUAAUGACAUAGAAAAUGACCCCUAAUACAGAUUUGAAUUACAAAAUUAUCUUUAGUUUAUGCUACCAGAGACCAACCUUGAAAUGUUUAAAUGUUAAGUAUUGUUGCUUUCAGCACUGCAAUCUAGUUCAUUUUGCAACAUUGACUGAAACAUAGAAAUAUGUUAUGAAGUCCAGUUACAUCCUACUCAAAGACAUCUCGAGAUAAAUAAAAUGGUGUGAAUAAUGUAGCUUUGUUGACAUUUCAUUGAUUAUUUCUUCCAAAUUCAAUGAAAAGUAUAUAGAGGACAAACAACAAAAUACAAGGAGAAGAACAAGAGAAAUCGAAGGAUCUGCCGCGGUUUGAGGGCCUGCCGUCCACCCAUUUCUGCUUCUGCUGGUGGUGGUUCCCACGGCUGAAGGCCGCUAUCCACCUGCUGUUAGAGGCCUACUCCCACCUGUUGGGUGCUACUGUGCGGGGGAGGCCUGGUCUGGAGAUACCGCGGAGAAACCGGAGUGUUGCCACACUGCUGCUUGCCUAUUUCCUUGCU